CUAUUGUGGGACUACAAGCUUGCACCUCAGAUAUAUCUGUUCUGAUCGAUCUAGAAACCAUUGUUUUGCCGGAGGUCAUUUCCAUUUUGAAUCAAGCUUACAAACUUGAUCAUGACUGGCUCCUUGUUUCUUCAUCACGUUAUGUUUCCGACUUCCCAUUUCACUUGGAUGCAGAUGGGAAACAUUGGCAGGCAGAUGACGGUGCAAUGAUCAGAAACAUAGAGGUAUGA